AUGCCUGCUAAAGUUGCUCUCAUUGGUGGAAGCGGCAAUCUUGGCCCAGCUGUUCUGAACCAAUUGCUCGAUGCUGGAUUCGAUGUGACGGUUCUGUCGCGUCAAAACAGUGACAAGACUUUCGACUCGAGAGCCAAGGUCGUUAAAGUCGACUAUGAGUCUCUUGACUCCCUCAAGAAUGCCUUGUCUGGCCAGGAUGUCGUGGUCAGCACACUUGGUGUGGGUGCAGUGCCACGAGACACUCACCUCCGUCUUGUUGACGCCGCUGUCGCUGCUGGCGUGAAGCGUUUCAUUCCCUCAGAAUACGGAUGCGACACUACCAACCCUAACACUGCCAAGCUUCCCGUCUUUGGCGACAAGAUUGCCGUCCAAGAACAUCUUAAGAAGGCCAACAAGGAAUCCGGCCUGAGCUACACAUUCCUCAUUACUGGCCCCUUCCUCGACUGGGGUAUCGAUGUUGGUUUCUUGAUCAACCUCUCCGGCCCUGCUGUCACGCUGUAUGAUGGCGGCGAGCGCAAGUUCAGCACCACCACCCGCGCCGACAUUGGUCGUGGACUUGCUGGAAUCAUCAACAACCUCUCAGAGACCGAGAACAAGACUGUCUACAUCAGCUCGGCCACUGUUUCGCAGAAACAGCUGCUUGCUCUGUCCGGCAAGAGUCUCGAGACCAAGACAGUUGCAACCACCGACUUGGAGAAGGAGGCCUUUGAGGAAUUGAGCAAGCCCGUUCCUAACCCAGCGGUCUUCGCUCAUCUUUUCCUUUUCCGGGCUAUCUUUGGUGAUAACUUCGGAAGCCACUUUGACUCCGAGAAAUUGUCCAACAAGGCAUUUGGUUUGAAGCCUUUGUCUGAGGAAGACAUUCGUGCUUUGCUCAACUGA